AAAAUGAGCUGGUUAUGUUUCUUGUUUUAGCACACUCUAGAUCUUAAUCUUAUCAACUUUCACUUGCAUGGCAUGUAACGAGAACAUCCCUGCACGUUUUUCUCCAUAACAAAUCAAACAUUAUAUUGUCAACUUCCAUAGUUAAUUCAUCAUCAAUCAUAUAUAUGACUAUCAUUAAUAAUUCUCUCAUAUUUUCAACUUUGUAUUAUUGUAGUACUCCUCUUUAAUUCCAACGAUGGUCCAAUUCACAGCCCUAAAAAGGCUCACUUCCGCGGGCGCCGGCGCCACUCUCCCUACCUCAGACGUUGGCGCCCGCUCAGUCUCUCGCCGUCGACGUGUUGCCAAUUCAUUUGGCAACAUUAGGCUCACAAUAUUAUGUGGGGUUGUAACAAUCUUAGUGUUACGUGGUACCAUAGGCCUCAACAACUUCCCCUCUAUUAAUAAUCCCUCCCUAAACCAAAACCAAAAACUUGUCGAAGAAACAAAUCGAGUCAUUGCUGAGAUCCGAUACGACGAUGACAACAACGACAGCGAUGAUAAUAAUCACUUUGAAUAUUCUCAAAAUUCUAGCUAUAGUUUAGGUCCGAAAAUCGCAAACUGGGAUUCUACAAGAAAAAUUUGGCUACAUGAAAAUCCAAGAUUUCCAAGCCAUGUCAAUGGAAAGCCUCGUGUUUUGCUGGUAACAGGAUCGCCUCCAAGUCCUUGUGACAACUCAAUUGGGGAUCAUUAUUUGUUAAAGUCAAUAAAGAACAAGAUUGAUUAUUGCAGAAUUCACAACAUUGAAAUUGUGUACAACAUGGCUUAUUUUGACCAACAAUUAUCAGGGUACUGGUCAAAAUUGCCAUUAAUUAGAAAAUUGAUGAUUUCUCAUCCAGAAAUUGAGUGGAUAUGGUGGAUGGAUAGUGAUGCAAUGUUCACAGACAUGGUGUUUGAAAUUCCAUUAUCUAAAUAUGAUGGGAAAAAUUUGAUCAUUCAUGGUUAUCCAGAAUUGUUAAACUCAAAAUCGUGGGUUGCUUUGAACACCGGAAGUUUUCUUCUAAGGAAUUGUCAAUGGUCUUUAGAUUUGCUUGAUUCUUGGGCACCAAUGGGACCAAAAGGUACGAUUCGCGAUAAGGCUGGUAAAAUUUUGUCAGAAAAUUUAAAGGAUAGGCCUGAUUUUGAAGCAGAUGAUCAAUCAGCAUUGAUAUACCUGUUAAUAUCGAAGAAUAAUAAGUGGAUAGAUAAGGUGUUUGUUGAAAAUUCUUAUUAUUUACAUGGUUAUUGGGCUGGUUUAGUGGAUCGAUACGAAGAAAUGAUUCAAAAAUACCAUCAAGGUUUCGGAGAUGAGAGGUGGCCAUUUGUGACACAUUUUGUUGGUUGUAAGCCUUGUGGACGUUAUGGUGAUUAUCCAGUUGAGAAAUGUUUGAAAAGCAUGGAAAGAGCAUUUAAUUUUGCAGAUAAUCAAGUGCUUAAGUUGUAUGGAUUUAAGCAUAGAGGAUUGUCAAGUCCUAAUGUUAAAAGAAUAAGAAAUGAAACUUUUAGGCCUUUGGAGUUUGUUAGUGACUUAGACAUUAGACAUUCUGCAUUUAGAGGCAGUCUAUGAAAUUAAAUUUUCUUGGGACUUUUUGUUUGUUUGGUUGGUUUUAGUGGUUUUUGAAAAAAAAAAAAAUUCUUGGCAAUUUGUGAAGUGGUGAUUGUUCAAAUGGUUU